AUGGGUUCUGUCGGCGAUACAAAACGGGUGGACAGCGUACCGCUGCUAGACCGGCGCAUUGAGCUGGUGGAUCGGUUCAUUGACGAGCCGCGGCCUCUGCGGGUAGCCGUGAUCGGUGGCGGACUGACGGGCAUCACGGCGGGCAUCCUGCUGCCGGCAAAGGUGCCGGGGAUCCAAUUGACGAUCUACGAGAAGAACGAGGAUUUUGGGGGCACAUGGCUGGAGAACAAGUAUCCGGGAGUGCGUUGCGACAUUCCGUCACAUGUUUAUCAGUCGACGUUUGCGCCAAAGACAGACUGGACGGACCAGUUCUCGUACGGGCCAGAGAUCCGAGAGUACUGGCAGGGAGUGGCGCGGCAGCACGACGUGUACCAGUACGCGCAGUUUGGCAAGCGGGUGGAGGCGGCAGACUGGGACGACGAGGCGGGGGUGUGGACGCUGACGAUCGAGGACGUGGCGACGGGCACACGGACGGCGACGGUGCAGGCAGACGCAGUAGUGACGGCGGUGGGCCGGUUCAACGCAUGGAAGCUGCCAGACUACCCGGGCAUCAGCGAGUUCCAGGGGCUUCUGCGACACACGUCAGACUGGGAUCCAUCGUUUGACCCGACAGGCAAGCGGGUGGCGGUGAUUGGGAAUGGGGCGAGCGGGAUCCAGGUGGUGCCGGCACUGCAGAAGAUUGCGGUCCGGGUGGACCACUACGCGCGCAGCCGGACAUGGAUUGCGACGUCGUGGGCAGGCGACGAGCGGACGCCGGGGCCGCAGCCGAUUGAAGAGAGCACCAAGGCGGCUUUGGGCGGCGAUGCUGCGACGUAUCUGCGGUACCGCAAAGAACUUGAGGCCAAGUACUGGCGGCGGUUUGGCACGUUUCUGCGCGACGACGAGUCGGAAAGCGGGCGGCGCGACAACGAGGCGCUGCGUACAGCGUUUUCCGAGGUGAUGCGACGACGUAUCGGCGACCGGAAGCCGGAGCUGCUGGCCGACCUGGUGCCCGACUUUGCUCCCAACUGCCGGCGCCUGACGCCAGGUCCUGGCUACCUCGAGGCACUCACGGCCGACAACGUCGACUACGUGCGCACGCCCAUUGCGCGUUUCACGGCCAGCGGGAUCGAGACGACUGAUGGAGUGCAGCGCGACGUCGACGCCGUCUUCUGUGCCACCGGGGCCAACGUCGACAUGGUGCCGGCCUUUGCAGUGCGAGCACGCGGCCAGGAUCUGCGGACGGUCUGGGGGGCUGACGGGACUCCCGGCAGCUACGGCUUCCCUUACACGUACCUCGGUGCGGCCACGCCCGGAUUCCCGAACCUGUUCUUUGUCCAGGGACCCCAUGCGGCUGGUCCCAGCGGUACGGUUCCCCAUGCAGUCGAGACCCAGCUCACGUACGUGGCCCAGGUGCUGCGCAAGAUCGGCCGCGAGGGCAUCAAGGCCAUGAUGCCCAGCACGCGGGCGGCUGACGAUUUUGUCGUGUAUGCGCGCUCGUUCUUUGACCGCACUGUCCUGACGGACAAUUGCAGCUCCUGGUACAACAGCGGGCGACCCGGCAGCUUCGUCCACGGCCUUUGGCCUGGCAGUGCUGGCCAUCUCUCGGUCGUGCGGCGCAGCCCACGGUGGGAGGAUUGGGAGUACGACUAUCUCGGUGGCGGAGGUGCGGACGCAAACCGCUUCGCCUGGUACUUUGGCAAUGGCUGGACGCGCGACGAGUCUAACCCCGAGGCUGACCUGGUCUCGUACCUCAAGCUGCCAGGCGAGGUGGCGCUUAAGGAUUUGCACGAGGUCUGGUGGGAUCUGCCUUAG